AUGGCUACCAUUGAUCUGGACGGACCGGCCCUUGCGCCUCCAAAGGGCGAGGUGUCGAAUCUGAGCGAUCCUCCAAAUCAGAAUGGUCUGGCUUAUACUGUUCUGAUCCUCUGUGCGGUUAUUACCACGAUAUGCUUCCUUCUGAGAGCUUACGGGCGGGUUUAUCUGCUGAAGAAGUUUCAGACUGAAGAGAUUCUCACGACCUUGGCAUAUGGCAAUUACUGGGGUGCUGCCUACGCGACGUUCAAGAUGGUGGAUACGCCUGGAUAUUUCGUGCAUCAAUGGAAUGUCCGCCUCAAGGAUGUAAUUCCCACAAACUACUGGGUUCUCAUCUUUGGAGUCUGCUACUCCUUCGUCCUCCCAUUUCUCAAAAUCGCUAUCCUCGUUGAAUGGUGUCGCCUCUUCGUGCCGAAAGGCACAAGAACAAAGAGCAUCUUCUGGUGGGGGUGCAUGAUCAUUGGGUUCGUCCAAGCUACGUCCAACACCGCUAUUGUCGUUGCUCUGAAUAUGCAGUGCAACCCGCAUGAAGCCAUCUGGGACUUUAGAAUUCCUGGUGCCAAGUGCUGGGACUUGCAUAAACUUCAGGUCGCAUCUGCUACGAUCCACUUGUGCUGCGAUAUUGCCAUCUUCUUGCUACCCCAGCAGGUUAUCUGGAAGCUAAAGAUGUCUUGGAGGAAGAGGAUGGGUGUAUCUGUAAUCUUUGGACUUGGUCUACUAGCCUGCGUGUCAGCUGCCUUCAGAUUGGCUGUCACAGUUAAGUAUGGCAAAGCGGCCGAUGCUUUAUACGCCCUCGCCCCUCUAGUCUUCUGGGCCACCGCCGAAAUGACCUGCGGCUUCUUCAUCGUCUGCGUCCCAUGUAUCCCCAAGAUUCUCAAAGAAACCGGAGUCAUCCGCAACAUCAAGCGUGCAUUUGGCAUAAGCACCGCUCCCACGAACCCCAAUACUGCAGACCGAUAUGGCAAAAGUGGAACAAAGGGCUCACAGCUUUCGUCUACAGGCCCCAAGUCUUAUUACAAGCUAGAUGAGGAUGGUGUGCCUUUGGGAACACUCAAAGGAUCUGAGUCGACGGAGUAUCUGCGGGACAAUGCCAAUAACGGGCAGGGUAUUACUCGGACGACGCAGAUCAAGAUCAUGCAGGAUAAUCGCUCGACAAGCGAUUCGGAAGGUCAUGCUGCGUUUCCGGCUUCUCAAAAGGCCUGGGGUGUAUAG